AUGAAGAUCCCACGAGCUGCCCUCAUUGCUGUCUUGUCGGCUACAAGCGCAGCAGCGUUUACGACGCCAUCACAUCAGUUGGCUUCCAGACGCACAUCGUUGGCCAGCACCUUUCAAGAUGUUGAAAGAAAUAACAAGGUCGAAAUCGUUGAACCAGAACCCCAAACAGCAGCGCCUCCAACGCCGAGGCCUGUCCUAGAAGCAAAGGCUUCCAGAAAGACUAGAGCGGCAAUUAGCGAUAUGUUUAAGCAAUACGAGAACCAAUCUGGUGCUGCCAUUGUGUAUUCCAAGCUUUUGGAACACGGUGUCGAAGUCGUGAAUGGGUACUCUGGAGGUGCCGUCCUUCCUCUUCUGGAUCAAUUCCACUUGGACAACCCAAGACACCACGAAGCUGGAUACAAACCCAUUAAGUGGAUCACAAAUUCGAACGAGGCUUCUGCCGGACACAUUGCCGAAGGAUACGCCAAGUCCAUGCCGAUCAACGGUCCACACAAACCCUGCGGUGUUGCCGUUGCUACUUCUGGACCAGGUGUGACCAAUCUUAUCACUCCUUUGCAGGAUGCUAUUUGCGAUGGUGUCCCCAUGGUUGUUCUUUGUGGACAAGCAGCUACCACUGCACCAGAAGAUGCCUUUCAAUUCGCACCAGCCGUUGGAUUGACAUCUCCCUGCACCAAGUGGAGUUAUCAAAUCAAAUCCGCUGCCGAAAUUCCAUUCGUCAUGGACUAUGCUUUCUACAUUGCUAGAAACGGUCGUCCUGGACCUGUCUUUGUUGAUCUGCCAAAGGAUCUUCAAAACCAAAUCUUGGACCGGGAUCUCAUCGAGGCUUACAUAGACAAUUCUUUGCCAGAGGCACCAAGUGAUGCCAUUGGCAUGGCCAGUUUGAAGACUGAGACUCGUCCCAAUGGAGAGCUUUUCAAGGCUGUUCGAUUGGGAUAUGAGAGCAACGGUCUCUCCUUUGAUGUCACUGAAAAGGAUGGCGCCUACAAGAUGGAGCCAUUUUCUUCGAAAAACGGUUCUUUCAACGAUGACCACCACCCCACCAACCGUGUUUACUGGACUUCGAAUGCUCUUUCUGGUGAACCCGAAAAGGUCACCAAGGAGGGAGACCUCAGUUUGAAGGAUCAGGUCAGUAAAGACAUGAUCAAUUUCAUCAAAAGAGCAAAGAAGCCCGUUAUCAUUGCUGGACAAGGUUGCAAUGACAGCGCUGAGGAACUCAUGGAAUUCGCCGAAAAGCUUCAAAUUCCCGUCACCACUACCCUACAUGGAAUGGGAUGCUUCGAUGAGAGACAUCCUCUUGCUUUGAACAUGCUUGGUAUGCACGGUCACCCAACCCCCAACUUUAUGGUUCAAGAGGCGGACCUCAUCAUCUGUAUUGGAUCUCGAUUCGAUGAUCGUAUCACUGGAAGAAUGCCUGACUUUGUUCCCGGCGCCAGAAAGGCUGCUGAGCUUGGUGUUGGAGGAAUCAUCCACGUUGAUGUUCGUAUUACCGAAAGGGCCAAGCAAAUUGAACCUCACUUCUUUGUCCACUCCACUGGAAAGAACUUCUUGACCACCAUGAAUAAGGCACUGAAUGAGAGCGAGGACUUGCAAAUUCAAACAACCGAUUGGGUUGCGAAGCAAAAGAAAUUGGAAGCCGAAUAUCCCAUUACCAUCCCCAAAUUCAAACCUGAGACAUACACCAAGAUUGAUGAGAAUGGAAAUGAGCUAACCGCGACAAGAACAAUGAUGUCAGCGCAACGCGUUGUUCAAGAGCUUGACAAACAGCUUCUUGCUGCAGGCAAGAUGGAUGAUGCCAUCUUCACUACAGGUGUUGGUAUCCACCAGAUGGUUGCUGCACAGCUUAUCACGUGGACGCAACCGCGACAAAUGCUGAGUAGCGGCUCUUUGGGAACUAUGGGAGUCGCUUUGGGAUACUGCAUUGGAGCGAAGCUAGCUAACUGCGGCAAGAUUACUAUUGCCGUCGAUGGUGAUGGCUCCUUCAACAUGACGUUUACGGAAUUGAAGACCGUUGCGGAGCAAAAAAUCCCUAUCAAGAUUAUGAUUCUCGACAACGAGGGUCAAAUGAUGGUGGAAUACUGGCAACGCUUGUUCCACGAUGGUCGAUACUUGGCUGUUCGUAACGAGAACCCUGACUACGUCACUCUGGCCAAGGCGUUUGGAAUUAAGUCUGUCUACUGUGACAAUGAAGACGACAUCGAAGAGAAGAUGAAGGAGUUCUUGUUUGCGGAUCCCGACGAGCCCGUCUUGUUCCACGUUCGCAUCAACCGAACUCCAUGCUUGCCUCUUGUUGCUCCAGGCCAACCUUUGGAUGACAUGAUUCUAACGGACAUUGACGUCGAUGUUGACCAAUCAGCAGCUCCCAGUUAA